GCACUUUCUUAAUAAGUGUGCUUUGUAGACAUGCAUCGUUUUGCACAGUGCAAGCCAAAGCACGAGCCAGCAUGCGAAAUGAAAUGCCUCAGCAAGAACAAAGACAAUGCAACUCUCCAGUGGGCUUCAACAACAUGUCUAGCUUAUGUGUUGUUCACCAACUGAGCUGAGCUGCAACAACCAACGCAAUCCGAUGCAACUCAUCCAUCCAUUUGCACGUGCGCACGCUCGUCGUCACUUCUGAGAUUCCCCUCACAGCUGCUUUUUAUACUCACUUCCCACCGUCCAUCAUUGAGAGAUCAAUUUAUUGCAAGCAAAUAGGCGCUGGAUGUUCUAAAGCAUCGAUGCAUUGGGGAAACUGAGACCCAUGGCAAAGUGGUUUCGAGAUCACCUAAGUUUUGGCAGCAGGAAAGGACCGCCGCAGCCCCCGAAACCGGACUACAGCGAAAGCGAGAUCCUACGGGCCUACAGGGCUCAGAAAGACCUGGACUUUGAGGACCCUUACGGACCGUCCGAGAACCGGGUGCUGAACGGCUCAGGGUCAGUGGAAACGUUCCCCGCGUUUGGCGCGGUGCUGUCCAACGGCGUGGAGGUGAAGAUCGUGUCUCCCAAACACAGACUGAUAAAAGUGGAAUCUCAGGAAUUCGGGCGUAGCAAAAUACCACUGAACAUCGUGACCUUUGAGGAACCGCAGGCCCCUGUGGUUCCCUCGGCUCCUGCGGUCGGGGAGACUGAUUACUCUGACCCGUUUGACGCCAGGCCGGACCUGCGGCCCAGACCCGGCUGGGAGCAGAACGCUGUAGAAGCCUGCAGCAGUUACAUGGAGCCGUUUGAGGCCCAGCGAUUCAUAAGCGAGCUCCAGCACAGCUCAGAUCGGGGCAGAAACAGCCCGCAGCUCUACGACAGCCCGUACGAGGAGAGAGUUUGGCCCCGGGCGGCCCCCGAGGAGGACGAGAGGCCCGUGGAUGAGUACGAACAGCCCUGGGAGUGGAAGAAAGAGAACAUCUCCAAAGCCUUCGCUGUAACUUUUGAAGCCAGAGACUGGGAUCAAUGCACGCUGCCCCGUGAAGAGGCAUCGAGGAAGGCAGGAGCGUCCAGAAUCAGCCCUUCGUCCAGCAGAGCCACCAGCCUGCACAAACCCAGCAACACGCAGGGCUUCCUGGGAGAGAGAGUGGAUCCCACGUUGCCCCUGGAGAAACAGGUAUGGUACCAUGGUGCAUUGACUCGCUCAGAAGCUGAAUCUCUGCUCACGCUGUGUAAGGAGUGCAGUUACCUGGUGAGGAAAAGUCAGACGAGCCGAAACGACUAUUCGCUGUCUCUCAGGAGCUGUCACGGGUUCAUGCACAUGAAGUUCUCGCAGUCUCGUGAUGGGAAGUUCAUCCUGGGAGAGAACAGUCCUCCGUUUGACUCCAUCCCUGAAGUCAUUAAUUACUACACCACGAACAAACUGCCCAUCCGCGGAGCCGAACACCUGUCUCUGCUGUUCCCGGUGCUGGUGCAGACGCUCUGAGACCACACACACACACGCUUAUCACGCGCUCGCACACAGCCACACUCAGAGCUUCACUCAGACGGCUACUACAGUGCUUCAUUUUCAAUCACAUAUCACCGGCUCUUCGAGAGUUUGAUUUAUGUUUGGAGUGGGAAUUAGAUUUUUCAGGCGUGUGAUCAAAUUCAUCCCUGGUGUGAAUGAAAACACAGUCGGCCUGUAGUGACACUGUAUCGAUGUGCAACACGCGUGUGAAGAAUAUUUUCCACACUACUGGACUCUAAAGUGUCUUCGCAUCACAUUGGGAACUGCAAUAUUAUUACUUUCUCUGCUCCAAACUCUUCAAAUGAUAGAUUUAACAUUUGAGGAUAAAAUGUAGCCCGACCAAAGUAUUUAUAAAGAUUUAGCUAAAUACUAAAAAGCAAUGAUGUACAGUUAAAAUCCCAUCCUCUGUAGGAUUUCUUGAUUUUAAAAAGUGAAAUAAUUCACCUGAAAAGACGGUUGUCAUCAUCUGCUCAUUCUCAUGUCAUUCAGAAGAACCUGUUUGACUGACUUUCUUCUGUUGAACACAAAAGAAGAUAUUUUGAAUGAUGUUAAAGAUGCUUUUUUCCAUGCAGUGAAAGUGGAUGGUGAUCAUGGCUGUUAUAAUCUAAAAAGGACAAAAUCAGCAUAAAAGUCUUCUAAAGCCGCACAAUAGCUUUGUGUGAAGAAAACACUCCAUUUUAGUUAUACAUAAAUGUUUCACUAUGCCGCAGCUGUCAAUUCUCAUUUGUUUCUCUAUAUUCAAAUCAAUAUUUGUUGACAAAAGUCGAAACUGGAACAGUCAUAAUUAUGGUAUUUUAAAAAAAAUCUAAAGUAUGACGAGAUAAGUCAUAAUUAUCCAAAUUAUGAGUCAUAAUUGACAAAAAUGAUAAAUUGUAAUACAAUAAAAGUUGAAAUGACAGUAGAAAUGAGAAUCAUAAUUGCAAGUCAAAUUAAAGCCACAAUAUUAGUUGUUAAAUGUAAAUGUUUCAGUCUUUUGCAGCUCUGAAUUUUGAUUUGUGUUUUCACAUUCAAACUAGGGCUGG